GUGGUGGAUAUGGCUACACUUCUCCAAGAGAACGGUAUUAAAGAACUGAGUAAAGGGACUCAUGGAGUUGUAGUAAAUCAUGGUAUGACAACACAUGGAGUUCCCAAUCACAUGGUCCCAGAUCAUGAAUACUGUGAAGCCAGUAAGCCUGAACAACCUCCACAACAAUGCCUCGAGACUCCAGAUGCAGCAGUUCAGCAAGCUCCUAUGGAGGAGGAAGAGGAGGAAACCCCCGAAAUAGACAUAAUGAUAAACAAUGUUGUGUGCAGUUUUAGUGUUAAGUGCCACCUGAACUUGAGAGAGAUUGCUCUGAACGGUGUAAACGUCGAGUUUAGGCGUGAAAACGGUAUGGUGACGAUGAAACUUCGCCGUCCCUACACGACGGCGUCUAUCUGGUCGUCGGGGCGUGUGACGUGUACGGGCGCGACUAGCGAGGACCAGGCGAAGAUAGCCGCGCGGCGCUACGCCCGUGCGUUACAGAAACUAGGGUUUCAAGUGCGCUUUCGCAACUUCCGCGUAGUCAACGUUCUGGGAACCUGUCGAAUGCCUUUCGGUAUUCGGAUUAUAGCCUUUUCUAAGAAAUACAAAGAAGCAGAUUAUGAACCUGAACUUCAUCCGGGUGUCACAUAUAAGCUUUACAACCCUAAAGCGACACUGAAAAUUUUCUCUACCGGAGGGGUCACAAUAACAGCGCGCAGCGUGAGCGACGUGCAGUCGGCGGUGGAGCGCAUCUUCCCGCUGGUGUACGAGUUCCGCAAGCCGCGCACGGCGGCCGACGAGGAGCAGCUCCGCGCCCGGCGCGCGGCGCGGCGCCCCGCCCCCGCCUGCAGCGCGCCCGCCCCCGCGCCCUCGCCCGCGCCCUCCUCCGGCCUGCACCUCGUCACGCUCUCCGACGACGACGCCGACGAGCCCGACGCGGACGCUUGGGAGUGACGCGCCCGCGCCCGCUGUGCGACAACGGACUCCCGUUUGGCAUAGUGCGAUGAGCGUCGGCCGUCGAUGCGACCUCGUGUGAUUUGUCAGCGAGCUCCUUUCGGUUCAUGCCAAAGAUAUUUAUUAGAGGAGGCGCUUCGCGCUCCGCCGCGGGCCGCUCGUUUCUCGGUUCGAUCGCGAACGUGCUCGUUCGCGACGCUACCGCGACCUCUUUUAGUAUGCGUAGGUACGGUCGAUUCGUUUGACUCGUUCGAUUCGAAACCAAAUUUUCGUAAUUGAUAAACGAUGAGAUGAUAAAUCUCUUUACCGAUACUCAUUCUCAUUUUUUAUUUGCCGUCGUGAUCGACGGCUUCGUAGUGAUAAUAGUGUUCGCGAUAACGUGAGAAAGUCGACGACUAAACGACUGAAUGUUAGGUAGAAGUUAGUGGUUGUAAAUACUAAAGCUUUAGACAUUAUACGUUUAAUUAAAUA